AUGGCGCCCUCAGAGGAAGUUUUCGUUGGCAGCAUUGAUCAGGGAACCACCAGCACCCGAUUCCUCAUCUUCGACAAGGCGGGCGAGCCAGUCGCUGUCCACCAGGAGGAGUUCACUCAGAUUUAUCCCAACCCCGGAUGGCACGAGCAUGACCCGGAAGAGAUCGUAAAGUCCGUGGAGAACUGUAUAGAGGGAGCGUUGAAGAUCUUUGAGAAAGACGGCCAUUCGAAGGAGAGCAUCAAGGCCAUUGGCAUCACAAACCAGCGAGAAACCACUGUUGUUUGGGACCAAAAGACCGGAGAGCCACUUCACAAUGCAAUCGUUUGGACUGACACCAGAACGGCGGCACUCGCACGAGAACUCAAAGCAAGGCCAGGGAGUGACAAACUACAAAACAUCUGCGGGCUGCCAAUAUCCACUUACCCAUCCGUCACAAAGCUUCUAUGGCUGCUCAAGAACGACGAGAAAGUGCACAAGGUGUACGAAGCCGGAAACCUUGCAUUCGGUACAAUCGACAGCUGGCUGGCUUACAAGCUGAACGGCGGUCCUGAAGGCAACGUAUUCGUCUCAGACCCAACAAAUGCCAGCAGAACGAUGUUCAUGGACAUCCACAACUUGAAGUACAGCGAGGAGGUGCUGGACUUUUUCUCGUAUGAGUUCGACAUGCGUAAGGUACACUUGCCGGAGAUUGUGCAGUCAGCAGACAAAAAGGCAUACGGCAAGCUAUCUUCGGGUCCUCUCAAAGGAUGGCCAAUCAUGGGCUGUCUUGGAGACCAAUCCGCGGCACUUGUCGGUCAAAAGGGCUUUGAGCCAGGCGCGGCAAAGAACACAUAUGGCACUGGAUGCUUCUUAUUGUACAACGUCGGUGAAAAGCCAGUCAUCUCUACACAUGGACUUCUCGCCACAGUCGCUUACAACUUUGGCAAACCCGUCUACGCAUUGGAGGGAAGCAUCGCUGUCGCAGGAUCCGGUGUCAAGUUUCUGAUGCACAACCUCGGCUUCAGCCACGCUUCCCACAAGAUCACAGAGCUGGCGGAGACAGUGAAAGACAACGGUGGUCUGGUCUUUGUAACGGCCUUCAGUGGUCUAUUCGCACCGUACUGGAUUGACGAUGCCCAUGGCACGAUGUUCGGCAUUACUCACCACACGGAGAGAGGCCACAUCGCACGCGCAACUCUCGAAGCUGUCUGCUUCCAAACAAAGGCUAUUCUUGAUGCGAUGGAGAAGGACAGCGGACACAAGCUUAGUGAGCUCAAAGUUGACGGUGGUAUGAGCAACUCGGAGCUAUGCAUGCAGACACAGGCCGACCUCGUACGCAUCCCUAUCGUACGGCCGAAGAUGAGAGAAACUACCGCUCUUGGUGCUGCUAUCGCAGCUGGGUUUGCGGCAGACGUCUSGAAAGACUUUGACGAGCUCAAGGAGAUCAACACUGCCGGCGAGACCACUUUUGAACCAAAGAUGGCGGAGAAGGAUUCCAAGAAGAUGUUGAAGAAGUGGGAGAAGGCUGUUGCCAUGUGCAAAGGAUGGCUUGCAGAGGAGGAAGCCGAAGCUGGCGACGAAGAAGCGGCCAAGCAGUUGAAGCAGGAAGCCGACAAGCAGAGCCAGGCGGCAUCGAAGAUGUAA